AUGGCCGCGACUCCCCUUUGUUGGGUUCUCCUCGCCCUUCUUCCAUCGGCGUUCGGGAUCCGUGUGGAGCAGGACGCAGGCGGCGCAGGGGGCGCGCCGGCUUGGAGCACCACUUCCGCCGAGGAGCUCCAGCAGACUCUGCUGGAAGAGCUGAGCCCUCCUGGAGCUCUCCCCGGAGCAGCUUCUGUGCCUUUAAAAUGCGCGAGGCAGAGAGACGCCCCUGAGCCGCUGGAGACACCCCUCAAAGCAGAGGGCGGGCAGAAUGCAGAGUCCUUGAAGGAGUUGAUCGGACGAGUCCGCCAGACCUGGGCGGAGGGGGGCGCAACUGGCUGCUUCCAGCAACUCGGGAAAAUGAUUGCCAACUUGACCACCACCUGCGAAGAGCGAAAGCCCCAAGAGAACUACAUGGACUACAUCUUCCAGCACUACACGCCACCGCUCUCAAAGAAAACCUGCAAGGACAGCGCGGACGACAUCUUUGUUCACGGCAGCGCCUUAGUGAAGGCCAUGCAAUACCCGAAGGACAGCGUAGCUUCCUUGAAGCUGGACCGAAACACGGCGGCCAUGGUCCAGUCGCUGUACUUCCUGCGAGCCUGGCUGACUCCGCUUGCUCGAACUCACAACUCUGCCCUGCUUUGGGCAGGUUUCUGGGACGCCGACCCAACGAAACGUGCCACCAUGGAGGCAUUGCACGAAUUUGCGAUGGCCACGGACCAUUCAACCGUGCAUCCGGACAGCUGGCUGGGGCAGGUCAUUGACAGCAGUGAGGACCUGCAGGACUGCUACAAGACGAGACGCUCCAGCUGCUGCUGA